CACAAUUUCGGAAUUUCUUCACAUCUUGCUGGUCCCAUUAAUCCGCGUCCGCCACUCUCAUUCUUCUUCUCGACAAACCCUGUUUUGGAAAAAGAUUGUGUAAACUACAUGACACGGCCUCUGUUCUACCCAUGUGCCUGUGACACCACCGAUUGAAAACGCUCGUCUCUUCAAAACCCGUCGUCGCCAUGAAAAUCUUCGCACCCAGGAUGGCCCGACCCCCAUCCGACGCCUUUACCCGCUUCACCUCGACGACACCACACGCCAUGCAGCGACCCUCCUCGUCGUCCACGACGUUCACCUACCAACCCGCCUCACGCCCGUCCUCGACGCCGUCACCACAGACACCGCAACCUCUACGCUCCACACCCUCGCCCAACGAGACACCACAGGAAAAGGUAGCGCGCCUCCGCGCCGCCGCCCGGUUAGCCCGAGACCAAGCGUCGUCGUCCCCCCUCGAACGGGCGAUCGAGGGCGGUCGGGUCUGGGCCGACCGGGCCCACCGGUUCACGGCCUUUGGCCUCAUCCUGUUCGCGGGCGUGACGGUCGUGGUGGCCGCGUACGGGACGACGAGCCUCAUCGCCCACAACCGCCGGCAGAAACGGGCGUGGGUCGAGCGGGAACUCGACCGUCUCGACGCGGCCAGGCAGGCCUUCCUCCGCGGCGAGGCCACGGCCGAACAGCUCCACCUCCUGGAGCAGGAGCGGGCGGGCGAGGAGAUGGAGGCCGCGAGGAAACGCGAGGUCGAGCGCAAGAAGGGCGAGAGCUACUGGAGCAGGUUGAAGGGCGUCAUGAGCGCCAACGCCGCGGCCGGCCAGAUGGGCACCGAGACCGAGGAGGAGAAGCGGGAGCGUGAGGAGCGGCGGGCGAGGAGGCAGAGAUCCGCUUCGUCGUCCCCCGCGGACGAAACCUUCGUCGAGGGCGAGGUCAGACCCGUCGCCGUGACGUCCACGAACGUCAAGGGCGUCGGGCUCGACGCAAAGGGCCGCCCGGUGCCGCUGGACAAGAUGGAGUACGUCAAGACCAAGGUCGAGGACGGGCGAAGGUCGGGCGAGAAGGAAGUCAUUGCACGGACUGGUAUCAGGGGAGGACCUCUGGACCAGCUCGCCGAGAACGUCUCUCAGGCCGUUGUGACCCCUUCGACCCAGAGCCAGGGGUGGUUGAGCUGGUUGAGAGGCAGUAAAUCGUAGGGGUGGUCUCCGGAGGGAGAUGUUUGAAGGAGAAGGGGGACGAGAGCAGGUGGUCCAACUUCUUGUUUCUUGUACAAAUUUUUCAACGCCGAGAGAGCAAAAAGGCUGCAUAGCGUUAAUGGGAUCAAAUUCAUUUCACCUCCACGAUAAUACGCAGCUCGUUUUAAGGGGAGUGACCUGGAUUCUUCACAUCACCACCACUACCAUUACCGUCGUCAAUAGUCUCACAUUUACUUUCUAGGCUUUACUCGUACAACAAACGGCUGCGCACCGACGGUGCCACCGAGUCUAGGUAGGUACU